CCCUAGAACAGUCCCCGGAGUAGACUCUCGGUGAACGUCCGCCGGAGCCGGCAACGGUCACCGACAAGGUUGCCCUUCCUCGCUAUCAAGAAGAUGUCUGUCCGAAAUGGAUCGCCUUUCAGUUCUGAGGGUAUACCAAAUGCCUUGGAACUGGAGGUCGCAAAAUUCCAACACUCACAAUUCCUCCCUUUUAUCUGCCCUCCGUUGUCUGACAGGGAAGGAGUUCCGAUCCUCGAGCAGUUGAUUUCUCAGAGCCUCGUUGAAGUAUCGCAUAUCACCUAUCAGGAUUUCUUGCCAUUUUCCGCCGCGGGUAUUUUUCAGUCUAAACUCCAAUCCGGCAAUGGAAUCGGUCGACCGAUGGGUACGACAGAAUCUUCGUCAAACCAGAAAAGGCUCGAAGAAGCGUUAGGAAUGGAGUUAUUGGACCUUGACAACUGGUAUGCGUGUGCUCAGCGGCAAAGCUUGGAGACGGUUAGUAAGGAGCUAGGGUUCGCUCUGGGGGGGUCUUCUGUAGCCUUCAAAUGAAAUGCUUUCCUAUGUAGAUAGAUGUUGGGUACCAGACUGGCUAUACAUAGCCCUCUACAGUCAAAAGCCU